AUGGCGGAAGAAUCACUGGGGUACGCUCUGCUUGGCUACCUCAAUAUCGGGUUCAUUGCUAUUGCACUGGCUGGAAGUACUCCUCUCGCUGUCCUCUUCUUCGUCAAAUUGCACCAGAGAGGCGCCAAGUCUCGUGCUCCUAUCCCGUGGAUUAAAGGUGCCUCGGCAAUCGUCACAAUAUGGUUCGUCCUUUGGUUGAUGGAAAGCUGCAUGACGCUCCAAGUCGGUCGGAUCAGCGGGAAAGCAGCCGAAAAUCUAUUGACGAUUCAACGACAAGUCGAAGCUGCGAAGAAUAUGUUCGGGCCUCCCGCAUUGGCAACCACGCUGUACGCACAUCUCGAGCUCGUCUUGGCCCUUGGCGAGCAAUCUGGCUUCUUGAAUCCUCGAUAUCCACGUAUAGGAGCAACCGCUAUGCUGGUCGUCAUCGGAAUAUUGAGCAUCAUUCGAUUCAUCAUAUCCCAGUACAACAACAUUUCAGUCGAUAUCAAGGGACUCUUUGAUCUCGUGCUAUCUAUUCUGCUCUUCGGUUUCUGUCUGGGGUCCACUGGCUGUCUGUUGAGAACGAGCCAUACCGAGCUUAAUAAGAUAUUCAAUCUUCUAGCUACGGUAUUGGGGCUCUCGUUAUUCCGUCACGCAUUCGACAUAGCCUACUUCGGGGUCACCACAUAUGUGAAUCUCGAAGAUCCCGCUGUUUUGGAUUUCCUAAGGCCACUUGUAGUCGGCUGGGGAGUCCUUAUCUGCCUAGGAAUCUUCUUUCUCGUCGUGUCGAAACGAGGAACCAACCUGUGGGAUCGCGCUUACAGGAAAACUCCAAAGAACAAGAGAAACUUUUACAAACAAGGCGAUUGUAACAAGAGCAAGUUCAGCCAUAGCAACAAGAGCUUUCAGACCGGCAAUACUAGCUCCAAGAGCUUGCCGACUCAACGAACCAAGUCUGCCGAGUCUGCCUCUGCCUAUGCCUCCCAUUCCGCCCCGGCGACCAAGGAGAAGUAUCAGCAAUAG